GAAAGAGGCAAGAAAAGACAACACAGACAAAAAAGACCACAAACUCAAAUAAAAUAUUUCACACAAAAACACCAUCACAUUGGGAUUUUAAUAUUUUCCCAUUAUAUUAUCAUCAAAAACUUUGUCCCUGAAUUCUUGCGAGAAACAGUGAAAAAACUCAUGAAACUUUAAGACUUUUCAUCUUUCACACCUUCAAUCAUUUUAUGGAUCCCAAAAACUCAAAACAACAACUUACAAACACCAACAACAACAUGGGAGAUGAUAACAACAAACAACAAUCUUCCGAAUCAAAGAAUACCCAGAUUGUGUCAUCUGAAACAAAACAAGACGAAACAAAGAAACAGCUAGCACCAAAAAGAACAUCAAACAAAGACAGACACACAAAGGUUGAAGGAAGAGGAAGAAGAAUAAGGAUGCCAGCUCUAUGCGCUGCAAGAAUCUUUCAAUUAACGAAAGAGUUAGGUCAUAAGUCAGAUGGUGAAACAAUUCAAUGGCUUCUUCAGCAAUCUGAACCGUCCAUCAUAGCUGCAACAGGAACAGGGACAAUACCUGCUUCAGCUUUGGCUUCAUCUGGCAACACUUUGACAUCACAAGGUUCAUCUUUGUCUUCUGGUUUACAGUUGCAUCAGAAAAUUGAUGAAAGAACCAGCUGGGCCACCCAUCAGGCCCAUCAGGUUAGUUCAUCAAGUUUAUGGCCCCAUGGAUUUGGAUUUCAUCAAUCUUCAUCUGGUUUAGCAACUGCUACCGCUAGUGAAAAUAGUUCAAGUUAUUUUCAGAAAAUUGGGUUUUCUGGAUUUGAUAUGCCAGGGGCUAAUUUGGGUGGGAUGAGUUUUACAUCAAUUUUGGGUGGGAAUCAACAGAUGCCACCUGGUUUGGAAUUAGGUUUGUCACAAGAUGGACAUAUUGGUGUGUUGAAUAACCAGGCUUUGAGUCAGAUUUAUCAGCAGUUUGGUCAAAAUCAUCAAACUAGGGUGCAUCAGCAAAAUCAGAACCAGAAUCAGAAUAUUACUAAGGAUGAUUCUCAAAGUUCAGAACAGUAGAGAGAUUUUUCAUGGUUUGUGCAGAGUUUGAGGUUUAUAUAAAAAAAUGUUUUUUUUGUUGUUGUUAUUAUUAUUGUAUAUUUGGUAGAGUUUGAGGAAACAGAGAAACUCAAUAGAAAAUGGAUUUGGUUUGCUUUGGUUUGCUCCACUGUACUCAAGUCUACAGAUAUAAGGUGGAAUGGGAUGGCCAGAGAGAUAGGUUUGUGGAUUUGGUUUGGCCAGAGGUGUGUUGUUGAUUAUUUUUGUUGUUGUUAUGUAUAAAUUAGAAUGGAGUGAUGAUGAGUUUGUUUGUGAAAAAUGAUGAUAUAGUUUCAUAUUCAUAUAUUUGUCAAAGUUCUUAUUUGAUC